AUGCCCUUUGAAAGCAGACCGUUGAUAUUGCUAGCGCCUGUACCGCUGCUGAUUAAUCUCGUGAGGCUUAAUCAAACGGACCAAAUGCGGCACGGACUUCUUCGUCUGCCUUUUGCUUUGUCCAUCCCUAAUGCUUUCCCACCGGCCACACCGAGAGCCCCACCUCUAAUCUGCCUGCCCAGCUUCCCUCCAGCCUCCCUCUCGUCCGCCAUACCAACGAUAGUGCCAACAGCACCCAUCCCUCAUCUCUCCCUCAUACUCCCACCAUCACUCCAACCAUCAGCAACACAACGGCCAUUGUGCCUCGUGACGUGGACACCACUCAUUUCGCCAUUCUCCAAGUCUAUGGAAUGCCCUGUUCUGCAAUCAAGCAAAUGGCGUAAACUUGUUUAUCAACCGGUGCUUACGACCAAUAGGCGUCGAUUGAUAGACAUCCAUCACCCUAUCAAUCCCUCGGUAAGUGGGUCCUUUUGUCUGCUUGCCCAGUUGGCCAUAAUAUCUCAUCUGGCCAGCGGAAUUUCCAUUAGUUUGCUCAAUUCGGCCAAGGCUACCACAAAACCCCGGUAUUGGUUACCGGACGAAGCGACCGGCCGUGACAGACCAGUGCGAAUCACUGCCUCGCCCGGUCCGCAACCCGGUCCAUGGGCUGGCCCCCUCGCCAUGGGCCUUGACAAAAGGACUCAAACGCCGCAUCGCCUCAUCCGAGCCGGCCCGACACCGACCCGCCUCCGGUCACGCAGGUCACGAGUUCGUGUAGCCUCGAGACAGCAGAAGACACGCCGGCCAGGUCGCCAACGGCUUCACACUGGGCUCGAGGCUAAAGUGGAUUCCGAUGUCAACCCGGCCGGCAAUGCUAUGCCGCCUUCAACGGCCUGUCUGCGAGUCGCAGACACAGGGUUGCAUGUUUUCCCCCUUACAGGUUGCCCGGCCGACUUGGCCGUUGGUGUUGUGUCCGUCUCUACUGUCUGUCGUCUGUACACAAUGACAGACAGACAUACAGACAGACAGACAGACAGACACAGGCACAGACUGACAUUCGGACAAGCGGGAUGGCACAACGACGAGGCUGAAAUGAAACAUUCCUUUCAGAAAGCCCAUCAAAGAACCCUUUGUCCGUUUAGUAAAAACUCUAGCCUUCAAGCCGUAAAAUGCCCAUGA